UCCCUUCACCCCCUGGGCAUGGCGCAUCGCAUGUCUUAGUUCCCAGUCACAUGCCUGCCUUGCCUUGUCAUCUGAUUAGGCAGAAUUCUCUUACUCCCCGGAAUAUCAUCCGGUUUUCUGUGGUGCAGGUGAUUCACGACCUUCAGCCAGGCUAGUGUAGAACACGAACAGUGACUCAGGAACAGCCGUCGGACCGCACCGCAGCCAUAGUGGAAAACAGUAGGCGAUUGCGCCAGCUGUUCUUCUGUCGUGACCAACCGCUCUUUUGUGCUAUGGUGCACACUAUGCACCUGUACAGUAGACAUGUGUCUGUAUGGUCUUGUCCCAGCCGGCUUCCGUCGGACUGAAUCCAUCGAAUGGACGGACAUGACUACGCCGCCGGUCACGGUGUCCGUUCUCCCAGUGUGCCAUCAGGGGAAACUAGGUGUGGCUGGCAUUUACGACGUCAGGAUUGAGGAGUGAGAUGAGAUGAGAUCGAAUCGAUUUCUUUCUUCCUCCAGUUGAGUACAGUACCGGCAGGCACGGAGCCAUGGCCGGCUACCUCGCAACAGGUUACUUGAACUUCUCGAGUGCUCAGCACAGCACAGAACAUUGCCAGUGAGCCAUGGCCGCAUGGCCUACAGAGCGUCCUGUGCGAUAUCUGCUAUUAUUCGAUCCGGCACAAUUUCCGUCGCAAUCUCAUCUCGGCGAAUGCAGUGCGUCCGCCGUGCGUCUGGCUUGGAGGAAUUUUCUAGAUUCGUGAUGCAUGACAAGUUCUCUCGGAGAGAGGCUCCCUCCCUUUUCUCAUAAAUCCACUUCAAAGCCGUCUUCGUUACUGUACACAGGAGAAAUUAGGUGAGGAUCCCCUCCAGAGCCAUUUCCCCCAGAGCCAUUCUUGUGUUCUUCUCUUAGCGAGGAUCAGACGCUAUAAUGGCUCUCUCCGACACGGAGGGUCGGCCUUGAUUGCGUUCGUUUUAGAGCUCUAACAACGCGACUGCAGUACAGUAGCGCGUUUACAAGACGCCACUGCACGAAUGUUGCCGUCCGACCCGGCGAAUAACAACUGCGGACUCCUCCUCAGUGAGUUCUCUCUGACCCAACCUUGCGUUGUCUAAGUUAGAGUCUGGGGUUCUUGAGCCUUUUCGAGGCCCAAUCCGGAGCUUCCGUUUUGCGAUGAAAAUCGUCAGUCUAUUGUAGUCCCUUACCCCGACUCAAGCGGUCACAGCUCAGCGGAAAUCUUCGUCAGAUCUGGCGAGGCGGCUUCAGGCGCUUGGGAGCCUCACGGACUAGGUCUCCUGAUCAUUCCUGAACAUUGCAAAGAGAUUUCCGACCUGAAACGGCUCGCUCAGAGCAGUUUCAGUCGGCAACAACUUCAGAUCUGAGCUUCAAUCUUGUUCCCAGACUCCAGCAGACUCUCAACUUCAGCUUGAAACUUCAGCUUGAAACUUUAGCUUGAAACUUCUGCUUGAAACUUCUGCUUGAAACUUCAGCUUGAAACUUCUCUUCUAAAAUGCUAGCGACAGCUGGUCCCCUAGCUCCAGCAGCAGCGUCACGGUCGGACCUCGGAAUGACAUCAGCUUCAGGAGCCGAGAAUGGCUUCUGUAACAACCAAGGCAGCUUCAGUGCAUGGAAUGGCGACAGAUACGAUCUGAGGCGGGGGAACCCGUUUUCCAGCUUCGGGGAAGUGACUUCUGCUCAAAAUGACUCCGAGCCUGACUCCGAGCCUGACUCCGAGUCUGUUUCCGAUUUCGAAUUGGAGCCCACUGGCCUCAGAAGCAGGUCAGCAUCUGCUGCCGGCCCAGCAGCAUCAGCGCUCACCAAUGCACCAGCAAUUUCUGGUGGUGGACGCUGCAGUAGCCUCACCGCCAAUCCUCCCUCGCCUCUGGCUAAUUUCCAGCUUCACGGAAGCGUCAGCAGGAGGCGGUCCUUUGGCGGCAGUAGCGGCGGGAGCGGAGGCAGAGGCGGAGGCGGAGGGGAAGCGGGAGGGGCAGGGGGAGGGGGAGGGAGAGGGGGAUGCGGAGGGGGAGUCGGAGGCAUGGUAGCAGAGGAUUUGGAUCUGCUGUGCCUGGAGAGCAAGCUGAGCCUGCUGGAGUCCCAGCGCGAGCUGAACGCUGUGAGAUGCCAGCGCUUCGUCGACAUGCUGCGAUCGGCGGAAAGAGGAGAGACGGCGGGAGAGGAGGCUGCUGCGUCGCCAGUUGACAUGGCCCCACUGAAUGGCCGCUCCAAUUGUCGGAUGAAUGGUCGGAUUAAUCGCUGCCGAUCGGCUUCAACUUUGUUGGAGAGGAGCUGCUGCUGCACUCCUACCGGUAGUAUUGGCGCUGCUGGCCUGACUGCAGUACAAGCUGCUGGCCGAGCUGGGGGUUGCUGUGCGUCUCGGGACUGCACUGUUCGUUCAACUCAUCGGCCGAAUGGAACUGCCAUCUCCUCAGCCUCGUCUGAAUCAGCUGAUGGAUCACCUGAUGACUCUGACAAUGCAUCAGACGGCACUGCAGGUGGUCCUUGCUCUCAUUCCUGGACCGACAGAAGGCUGCUUCAAGCUCCACGCAUGGAGGUUACCAAUGUGCCCAUGGAUUGGUAUUCUAGUGUUCGCAGUCCCCGUCGCAGCAGCUUCAGCCACUCUUCACCGUCGUCCCGCUCCAGAAAUCACAGAUUAGAUUCGCCGCCAGUUGCUCCCCGCUCCAGACACCGCAGAUUAAGUUCAAGCCCCAGGCCCUCUUUGGAAUGUCUGAGGUUAAGCCAUUCGGUAACGAAUCUGAAGGCGCUUGAGAGUGCUCGUGGUGGGGAGAUCGAUGGUGCAGAGUUGCUCUUUUCAAGCCCAUCCCGACUGAACCCGGAGGUUCUUGAGAGUUUUGAUGGAACCCGGAGUUUUGUUGGUCAGAGACGGAGCCUGUCCAACCGGGCUAGUGGGAGCAGCAGGAGCAGCAACAGCAGAAUGCUCAAUCCAAGACGCCUCGGCUCUCAAAUGUCACGAUCGUUUUCCAGUCCUCGUCAGCUGUCGGAUCUUUCGUAUUCGGAGAGCUCAUGGAAAGCAAAGGACACCUCUCCUCUUGUCACUGGUGGAACAGGGCGCGUCCCCUCUUAUAAUCACACUCUCCCACCAUUGAUUUCGCGGCUGCAGAAUUUUGGAGCACAGUCACCAUCAAGGCCUACAAAAUCGCACACGUAUCCGAGGCAACAGCAGAACAGGCUGCCUGGAGGCACAAGAAGUUGUGAAAUGAGAAUUUCUCAGACUCACCCAAGUCUCUGGAGCACAAGCAUGGCUUGCCAAGACGAUGAGUUCGAUGCCCCCCGUGAUGUGCCUUGCCGCAGUGGCUCUGCAAAAUAUUUCUGAUACAACAAUAGAGGUAGAGGGAAUGAUAUGAUAGAAUAUAGUAGAAGAGUAUAUGUAUAUGGUAUACUAUCAAUAGAGAAGAUUCUAGGUG